AUGAAUCGAAAGUUGUACACGGCCCUGGUUGGUAAAGUUGUUAGAGACCCAAUAGUGCGUUCUGGCAUGAAAUUGGCCAGCAGGGUAAAUUUAUUCCAGGCGUUGAGGGAGAAACCCAUGACCGUGCGCACACUUGCUUCUGAACUAAACAUGAAAGAGAGGUAUAUAUGGGAGCUCAGCCAGGCCAUGAUGGCGUCCGGCGUGAUCACCAUGGAUGCAAAGGAGCAGUUAGCCAUACCACCAGAUUGUGUUGACAUAUUGUUAGCUGAGACAGAAAAAGCUGCUUGGAAUCCCCAUCUUUUUAAGACCUUACCCAUCCUUGAUAGCUGUUUUCCGUUGGAUGGAAAACCAGGUUACACACUUGAUGAGGCACCGUUCGUGCUGGAUUUGCUAAAUGAAGUUCGAUCUCCAUAUAGAGCAAGUUUGGUUACAGAACUCGUGUCCAACAUUAACCUUCUUCAUCUUGAUUCAGGUAACCUGAAAAAUGUGCUGGAUGUUGGAUGUGGUUCAGGAGAUAUCACUAUUCCCCAGGCAGAGCAAAUGCAAGGUAUCAAUGGUGUCGGGUGUGACACAUCGGAAAAGGCUAUCGUCACUGCAUCAAAAUCUACAAAGGUCAAGAACGUGUCAUUUACUCAUGUAGAUAGUGGAGCCUACCAGAGGGAUUGGAUACAAAAAAUGGACGUCAUCCUGAUGUUCGAUGUCCUUCAUGAUCUUCCACAUCCCCAAGAAACCAUGACAGAAAUUAAAAAAGUGCUGAAGGAUGACGGUAUUAUGAUUAUCAUUGACCCAGACGUCAGCAACAACCCUCAAAAUAACAUAGGGAACCUUCACGCCGCCAACGCUCUCACCUUCAGCUCGUUCUACUGCGUUCCUAGCAGCUGCUGUCAUGCUCACAGUUCCGCUCUAGGUAUCAGCUGGGGAAGAGAAGGAAAAUAG